GAAGAUGAAAAAAUAUCCAGUGGCCUCCAACGACCGACUGGAUAGGCUCCGCUCGAAUCUGUCCUCUCCUUCGCACUCUCCACCUCUCUCAUAUGAAAAAUCCGCGAAUUCCCUCUUUGGUUUCUUUUGUUUAUUUGAAGUACGGGAAGUUGAAGAAGGCAUGGUGGGUUUGAGCGUCCUCUGCCACCACCACCAUCUUCCUUGCCUCCCCUCCGAAUGGAGCAUCUCCACCUCGGCCACGACGUCCUCCCAUUCUUGUUCCUUUCACUCACGCAACCACUUGGCUUCUUCCUUUUUUUCUCUCCACCGCCAUGAUGUGCAGAGGCCGUCUUGGUCUCAAGGACUGUCUUUAUAUUGCAACAAUUUUAUCAGAAGCAAUGGAAGGGAGCUUACAAUUCCGCGCUCAACAUUCUCAACGACACCAGCAAUGGUUGCCGCUGUUCAUGACCUUUUUGAUUUCAUUUGCUCCGGUCCAUUGAUGAGCAAGUUAGGCCUCACGCAAGAGAUAGUGACUGAAACCAUAGAUAGAUGGUUGGAGUAUGGAAGUCACUUGUGUAGAUUGUUUGGCAUGAACGAGCUGGAUCUGCCCAUUUCCGAUAAGAUCAGAAUAUAUCACUAUUAUAUCCCAGUGUUUGUUUGGUGCCAAAAGGAGAUACUGUACCACAAAUCUAAGUUCAAAGAUGGUGAACAAGCUCCACCAUUGGUGAUUGGAAUCAGUGCUCCUCAAGGAAGUGGAAAAACAACUCUAGUCUAUGCUCUCAACCAUCUUUUCCAAGUCACUGGAAGGAAUUCAGCAACAUUGUCGAUUGAUGACUUUUAUUUGAAAGCUGAGGAUCAAGUAUGCAAUGCAAAACUUCGCAGUGAAAAUCCUGGGAACUCUCUUUUGGAGCUACGAGGAAAUGCUGGAAGCCAUGACUUGCCAUUCUCUGUUGAGACAUUAAAUACUUUACGCAAUUUAACUAGAGCAGGCCAAAAAAUGCAACUUCCACGUUAUGACAAAUCUGCAUAUGGUGGAAAAGGAGACAGAUCUGAUUUAUCGACUUGGCCUGAAGUUGAAGGACCGUUGGCGGUUGUCUUGUUUGAAGGCUGGAUGCUUGGUUUUAAACCACAACCUCCUGAUGAUGUCAAAGCAGUUGAUCCAAAGCUUGAUGUGGUCAAUAGCAAUCUUGAAGCUUAUUAUGAUGCAUGGGAUAAGUUUGUAGACUCGUGGAUAGUUAUCAAGAUAAAGAAUCCAGAAUGUGUUUAUCAGUGGCGAUUGGAGGCGGAGGUUGCCAUGAGAGCAGCCGGGAAGCCUGGGAUGUCUGACCAGGAGGUUCUGGACUUCGUUUCACGUUAUAUGCCUGCUUAUAAAGCGUAUCUGCCAACCCUUUAUUCAGAGGGCCCACGCGGUGCAGACAAAAAUCACCUCCUAGUUGUUGAAAUCGAUGAAUAUCGUAAUCCUGUAGUUGCACAAUGAUUAAGAUGCUUCCACUACAGUUGGCUCAAUCUACAUGUUCUCCCAGACAAGUAACUAAGAAGAUAUGGGAGGAACUAUGUGGGGCUGGUUCAUGUACACAAAAUUACAGAAUAAGCAUCUCUUGUUAAUUCAAUUUUGGGACCAAUUAUGAAACGUUCAGUAAUAAGUCAUUGACAUGUGUUCAUCUGUAUAAUCUCUUUCACUCUAAUUCACAUGGUGUACAUUCCAAUACCAUCAUAUCCUUAAGAUCUUCUGGUAAUUUUUGAACAAUAUCAUAUAGACCAUCCUUUGGAAAUCAUCAGCGGCUUUGCUCUUGGAAAUUCCAUGUAAAAGGUAUAAAUCAAAAAGAAGAAUCACCAACUGUAUAUUUUGGAGCUAAUCUUUCUUUCAUCUUGUAGGUUAUUGUCCAAUGCAAACCACAGUGGAAGAAGUAAUUACAAGAAAAAUUGGUUGGCACCUAUGACCACUAUGGAUGAAGUAAAUAUAAGAGCUUGUGGCACCAGUCAUCGGCAUUCUUCUGAAAAUGAAAAGAAGAUAAUCAUUUGCUGAAUGUAUUUAGUAUUCUUAAAUAUCUCUAGCUCAUCUGGUUCUCUUUCUUUUUGUUCUCUUCGGCUGUAAGAUUGACUGAAAUGCAUUAUCGUAUCUAUUCUUUGAUUCA